AUGACUUCAUCUUCAUGUUCUAAUCUUGUAAAUUCUUUGGAGACAAUUACUCCUUCAGUAGGCAUGAAAUUUACAAAGCGAGUGGUGAUUAAUGCAAGAUUUGAUCGUGGUGGAAGAAGCAAGAAUAUGGUGGAUGAGAAUAUGAUUGUUUUGAGAAUGCGUAUUAAAGAUAUGAAAUUUUUAGAAACUGAAAAAUCAGGACCACCUUCAAAUUGGAUGGGAUGGGAGAAGAAGUACUUUUCACAUUACAACGAGGAUGUUUGUGAAGCUAUAGGAUUGUUACAGAUGUACUUGAUGGAAACUAGGCCAGCUUUCGCUCUGGGGAUGUUAGCGCUCAUUUGUUUCAGUCUCUCCCUUUCAACUUACUUUUUCGUCCACCAAGUCAUCGAAAUGGCCAAGUUUAUUCUUCAACCUAAUUAA